AUGCCGUGGAGAGACCGCUUCAAUCAGAUCAAAAAUGAGUUCAACGACAUGAUUGGUGGCGGAUCGCAGCAGCAGCAGCAGCAGCAGCAGUACUGCCAUCAGGGCGGCGCAGCGCCGCCGCCGCCGCCGGUGCCGCCUCAUCCGCAACAUGGCGCGGGAGGCGCGCCGCCGCCGCCGAUCCCGCACCACCCCCCGCCGCAGGGCUCUCGUGUGUACUGGCAGCCUCAGUUCCUGCCGCACGUCGACGUAUCGCACGAAUGGGAUGCCAAGACGGGUCAUGGCACGGACGGCUGGGGCAACCACGAGUUGCAAAACUAUACCGACCAGCCCCAGAAUGCGUUUCACACGCAAGAUGGUAGACUCGUGCUCCGCGCCGUGGCCAACCACUCUGCCAGCAACGCCGACCAAAAGUACACGUCUGCACGCCUCGUCAGCAAGCAGACCCUCGCGCACGACCGCGGCGUGCUCUCCGCCGUCAUCCUGUCGCCGUGCGCCGAGGGCAUCUGGCCCGCGUUCUGGCUGCUCCCGCAGGAGCCCUUUGCCUGGCCGACGGACGGCGAGAUUGACAUUGCCGAGACGUGGAACGGCGACGCGGAGAAUCACAGCUGCCUGCACUGGGGCCAGCACGACCAGCCGGACCGGCAUCGGAUCCGCGGGACGCGCAUCCCGGACAUGCGGCAGCGGCCGGUGCAGUAUGAUUUCGUGUGGGAGCAACCUGGUGGGGAGGCGGGUCGCGGCCGGAUGAUUUGGUAUAUUGACGGGAGGCCGGUGAUGAAGGCGACGGUGCCAGCGGGGACGAGGCCGCUGCGGGACAUGACGGUGCUGCUCAACGUGGCCAUGGGGGGCAACGUGUGUCAGGAUGGAGAAUGGGGGCUGGGGCCGGUUCGAGUAUGA